AUGAAAGAUGGGAUCAACGAAUACUUAGAAAGAGUUGAGGAUCAAGAAGUAACAGCAGAAGAGCUAGAACUAUUGAGAGAAGUUUCCAGCCCAGUAGAAAUAAAUCGGCAGCAAACAGGGGAAAAUACGUAUGACAUAAAAAUGAUGUUAGAUGUUCAAAUUAGACCAACGGACACCAAAGUGCCAAUGAAACACACGCGUUUCGUUCACAUUAUGGAAUUGGUCUACAAGUUGCUCAAAGCUGGACUGGUAUUUGGCAAUUUGAGAAAACAUGAUGUUUGUCUAAAAGGCUGUCUAAAAGGCUCUCAACGGUCGUGCAUAUCUGAAGAAAGGUGCAAAGAAACAGAAGAAAAGUGUCCUCCAAACUUCAAAUUCGUGUUUUUGUUGUUACAGAGAGCCGAAAACGUUGACCUAUCGUUGAGUAUACCACAAUCAAAUUUUCAAGGAAACGGAUACGACAUGGGAGAUCAGACAUUUCACACCCCAAGCUUCGGAGAUGAGGAAUUUGAUAUACCGAACAUAAAUCAUCAACAGCAACAGCAGCAGCAACAGCAGCAACACGGCCAACAGGGGCACAAUGAUCAACCACAUUAUCAACCUCCAAUGCAGGGUAUGCAGCAGAUGAAUCAACAAAUGAACCAACAACAAGACGCAAUGGGAAUGCACGAUCCAACGGGAGGUUACCAGCAACCCCUCUACCUUUCUGGGCCAGAACAUGGGAUGGUGGGCCAGCAAUAUCAUAGUCCUCAACCCAACUAUUCGAUGUCUCCAAGUCAACAGCAACAGCAUAAUAACCAACUUUUGAUGAUCCAUCAGCAACAGCAGCAGCAACAUCAGCAGAUGAUGAUGAGUCAUGGUCAACCGCCUCCCGGGCCGAUGGGCCAGUAUGGAGCUUCGCCUCAGCAUCCUCAGGGAAGAGGUAAUAGUCCUCCUGCACCCGGACAAGAACAUACUACUAGCGAUGAUAGUGAUGACAGUACGCCACAUCCAGCAAUGUUAGCGCCAAUAAAAAGACCUAGUCCAGAGCCGACUGAUCCAGGGUUAACAAAGGCUCAGAAAAAACCUAAAGUGCAAAAGAAGAAGAAGAAGAGGGAUCCUAAUGAACCACAAAAGCCCGUAUCGGCAUAUGCGCUCUUUUUCCGGGAUACCCAAGCGGCCAUAAAGGGUCAAAAUCCGAAUGCAAGCUUUGGCGAAGUAUCCAAAAUUGUAGCUUCGAUGUGGGACGCUUUGGAUUCUGAACACAAAAAUGUUUAUAAAAAGAAGACAGAGGCUGCCAAAAAAGAAUACCUGAAAGCAUUGGCGGCGUAUAGGGCAAGUUUAGUUUCCAAAGGGGCUGGAGAAGGUGAAGGCGGACCUAUUUAUGGUAAUUAUGGAACUUAUGCUGCUGGACCUCCUGGAGGAUCACCUUAUGGAGGAUAUCAACCCCAAGGCACAAUACCAUCACCGCCAAUGUCCUCUGGAGCACCUACACCACCCUCUCAAUCUCCCAUCAACAAAAAACCCCCGAUGAUGGGCCCCAUGGGGGGAGCCUCUCCUGCACAGCCUCACCCCGGUAUGAUGCCUUCACCCAUGGGCGGACACAUGGCUAUGCAACAUAUGCAACAACAGCAACAUAGUAGUUAUAUGCAACAGGUUCCUCAACAGCAACAUAUACCCUUAUCACCCCACCAACAGAAUCAUCAAGUACCCGUUUCCCCCCAUAACGCCCAUAUGCAACAGCAGCAGCAACAGCAACAACAGCAGCAAUCACAACAACAGCACAUGAGCCCGCCACCAUUGGUCUCGAAUUCCCCUCCCGUGUCACAGGCCACAGGUCCAUCAUCAGUGUCACCCCCCCAACAGCCCCAACAACAGACCAUGGCCCCCGGUGGUAUGAGGCCUCAACAGAACGCCUGCAUACGUCACGGAUGUACCAACCCGGCCAUAAUAAAUCCAGAAUGGGAAGACGAAUAUUGCAGUAAUGAAUGUGUUGUUAGCCAUUGCCGGGAUGUCUUCUCAAAUUGGGUAGCCGGCAACAAAAGCCAACAACAAAACUUUUCGACAGUUAAAUAAAUUUAAACCUAAAUAGGGGAAAAUGCAAAGGGGCGUUUCGUUAAAAAAAUUAAAUAAUAGCAAUACACAUACACGAUUUAAAAAAAUGAUUCUAAUUAGAGCUAGAGAGUUUGUACGAAAAUUUUAAUAAUGGAAAAAUUAUUUGUGAGGAAGUUCUUUGAAAAAAUGUAAUAGUGAGAGGCUAUAGGUUAAGCGACUUUGUAAAUAAACUGAUAAUCACACCUUUAGAUGAGCAAGUGAGAUUGUAUUGACAUAAGCAAUACAAACAAUACGAUUUCAUUCUUAUAGGCUAUCCAAUAAAAAACUAUUGUAAUCAUAGUAUUAUACUAUUAUUGUAUAUUAUUAUUACUUAUUAUUAUUGCAAAUCGGAGCAAAGUAUUUAACUUUGUUCUAUUUUGUAAAAUCAAAAACACUUGUUAAAACAUGCCAUGUAGACAGCAUGCUAUUAUCUUGAAGAUCGUAGUUAGAUAUGUCCAAAGUACAUAUUAUUACUUAUUAAAAAAAAAUAGUUAUCUGUAGUUAGUUAUCAUAAAUUCCAGAAAUGUAACUAAAAUGUUUUUCAGGUAAGCGUGUGGGGGGAACCUUGUUUGAAACUUUGCCUUUUAGUUCACAUUUUGGAUGUAUUAUGUAUUAUUGUUAUGAAUUUAUGUAACAACAAAACUAAUUUAGUGCAAUUUUUUAUAUUUAAUUAAUUUAAUUUUUUUUCCUUCUGUGCUUGAAAUGAAACUAGUGAAAAAGAUCAUUCCAAAUUUGAAAUGUGUGUAUAAAGUAUAAAUAUCGAUUAAUUGUACAUAAAGUAGUUAUGUUUUGUUUUUUGGGCAUAAUCUGAACAGAUACCUGUUUGAAUUAUCAUGCACAGUUCGAUUGAGCGUUACCAGAUCCUAGAAUUCAAAAUUUUCUACCCUCACUUUUGUUGUCCGCAAUUUUGAAAGGUCUUGGGAAUUGCAUUAACUGAGGACAGUUACCCAAUCACUCCAUUCCAUUAUGAGACGGUAUAUGUGAAUGUCUCAAGAAAAUAUUAGUCUUGCUGAAAUAAACUACUGGUGGCUUUCGAGCAAGAAAAUUUUUUCACCUAACUUUCAAGGUCAAUAUUUCUGCAACCAGACCAAAUAUCGACCUCCGGUUUUCACAGGCUGACGGAUAGACUUUUUGUGAAAAAAAUGCUAUAUGAAAACCAGAGGUCGAUAUUUUGGUUCCAAAAAUAUCGAGCUGGAAAGUUGGGCGAAAUUUUCAUUUUGCUCGAAAGCAAUUGACCAGCAGUUUGGUUUAUAAGCAAAACCGUCAUCAGCUGUUCUUGAACAAACUAAUGCAAGACUUCUCAAAACACUAUCCUUAGCAAUUCUUUUUAAUGAACCUUUAUUUACUUUCAAAACAUAACACCAGCAACUAACAAAAUUAUUCAACAAACAACAAACUGAUUCAAGGUUUCAACUAAAUUCUGGUUGGAUAUUAUAACAAGCUUAUGGUAGAAAUUUAAAAUGAAAUAACUAUAUUGAAUUUAAUCGUUGAGUUUUAAGGUUGUUUCAAUACCCUUGACUAUCAUUAUUAUCUGUAAGAUUCAAACUGUGCAAAAUAAAAUAUUUUAAUGGUAUGGUAUUACGUUUUGUUGUACAUAGAUUCCUGAAUCUUAGAUUGUAAUACAUUUAUUUUUUUAUAUAAUUGACCAAUCAAAGUUACGCUUUUUUGUGGAUGUAUAUAAAUUUUUCCGUUGCUUCUUCUAUUGUUGAUAUAUCCACGAGAUCGUCAUCAAUAUCCUAUAUCUUCUUCGGUUGUAUUGAUAGAGUGGUGACGGAUGCAAAUUUUUUUGUGUGUUAAUUUAUACAGAACGGGUUGCACAUUGUUUUAAAACAAUAUCGAAAAUUAUCAAUGUAUAUUUUACCAAAAAUUACAAUCUUUCUUACUUAAUAUAAACUGCUGGACACUCGAACUUUCACAUAUACAGAUUUUUAGACAAAAUUCAAAGUUUCAUAUUUACGACACGAAUAAAGUUUUUUUAACGCUGUUUUCCGGAUAAAGCUUGCCCUAAAUUUCUCAUACGACCAUAGGGUUAUGAUAUACAGGGCCAUAAAAUUGAAUUUUGCCUAGAAAUCUGUAUGCGUAAGUUCAAGUGUCCAGCAGUAUAUUUGAAAAUUUUCACCCUGUAUUUAAAGCGAUUUAAAGGGUCGCAUUUUGACACGUUUUCAUGACAAGAAAAAUUGAUUGCUAGGAAAUUUUUCUCUUUGUACUUACCCUGGACGUGACACUGAAGAUUUUUUUGACAUAGCAAAUUCGGACAGCUUGUACCUAUUUUUAUUUCAUGUCUGUCAGGUUUUGAAAUAAUAAAAUUUUGGUUUAAAUUUUUUUUACUGAAUACCACACUAACCCAAAUUAUUACUCGGGAUUUUUUUCACACUCACGGUCACAAGUACUAGGUAUAUACAGGGUGUUUC